AUGAGGCAUGGUGUGUGCUCGCCUCUCUCCCUGCUGCUACAAUCCUCCUCCCCCCUCCGUCCCAUCCCCUCUUCCCCACACCUUACCUCAGGGCAACGCGUUGUACCACAUGGGGUGCGGUCAGAGGCAGCAGCAGCGCUGCAGGCCGUGGUGCGAGCAGAGCCGCAGCGGGGGGAGGCGUGGCGCGUGCUGGGGGACGUGCGGAGGGACAUGGGGGAGGUGGCGGAGGCGGAGAGGUGCUAUGGGCAUGCGCUCAAGGCGUUCCCCAGUGAUAUGCCCACGCUGCACUCCUGGGUGAAGCUGCUGCAAUCCACCGGCAGGCACAGGGAGGUGAUCAGUCUACUCUCGAAGUACAUCCCCUACCACCCCACUAACGUGGAGCUGCACUAUUGGUUGGCAUCAUCGCACCACUCCUUGGCCGUCUUUCCCAAAGCUGUGGACGCGUACAAUCACGUGCUUAAGAUGCAGCCACGUGACUACAGCGAGCGCCAGAGCCAUGACAUGGCAUUCUACCAGAGGGAGGUGGCAAUCUACAUGGCAGCAUGCAUGGAGCAGCCUUUGGACCGAUUCAGCAUCGAUGACCACUUCCUUCCUCUCUUCAAGGAGAGCUGGACGUACCGCUAUCCACCAGAUGCCCUGCUGCAGGCAGGCUACGAGCCCACGGCUUUGCCGCCUCUAGAUGCUCGGGGGGCCAACGGGAGCAGCUGUAGAGGGGAGGCGGAGGGAACAAGGCUGGGUGCUGCCCAUGUGGAGGCUGUUGAUUGGGCGGACCGGCUGGGCGGGCUGAUUCAGUACCACUGCGCUGGCUUCCUCAAUAACAGGCGCCAGCAAAGGGCGGCGGGGCUAGCCAUGCUGGCGAUCAUGCAGACUCUGAGGCACGAGUGGGCCCGCCUCCUCGCCUCAACGUCUCGCCCAGCCAGUGCCAGCAGCGGCGCUGACGUGGCGCUGACGUGGCGUGACGUGUACUCCAUGGCUGCCACGUGGCGGCAGGUAGCGGAACCAACGGAUAAAGUGAUGUGGUCCGACCGAUACACAGAGAGGGGGUUCAACAAGGGCGUCAUCUCCAGCACCCCCAUCUCAUACGGCCAAUCACUCAACUUCAAAUACGGCGCAUACGCCGACAGGGCGUUUGUGAUUCUGAAGCAGCUGCUGCUGGAGAGAGGAGUGGUGAAGGCGCAGGAUGGGCUUGUGGAGGUUCCACUCACCAAGGCCAUUCUCAGAAAGGCGCAAAAGGCCAGCACCCACACGCAGCUAGCCGCGCCAGUCGGGCAACCCUCCUUCUACACCCCACUGCUCAUCCCCAGCUCCGCACAGCCCGGGAAGCUUAUUGAAGGCACAAGAAUAUCAGUAUUUCCUAAUUCUGACUCGCCCGAGCCCGAGCUAGCAAUCGAGCUCAUGCUCAAGCCGGAGCGGUGGAGGGAGUAUGAGAGGGAGAUGGACGCUGCAUGGCAGGCCAUCCGCCUGGCAGUGGCCAACACGUCUCUCCGCGACUCUGACCUCCCGGCCUACCGCAAGGCCGUGCAGGACAGCGUACUGAGAAUGGCCUACUACUGGUACAACUUCCAGCCCUUGUCGCGAGGCACGUCGGGCACGGGUUACGUGGUAACGCUCGCUCUGCUACUGUCCAUGGACCUGCAAGUCACCACCGCCAUCCCUCCGGGCGUGCAGGUUGACUGGGAGGCACUCCUCUCACCAACUCCCGCAGACUUCACAGCCGCCAUCUCAGAGUUGGGGCAGAUCCCACUGAUCAGUGACACGUUCCCAUGCCUUCGUGAGGUUUUCCUUGCUCUAGAGUAG